AUGGUUCCUCACCGGUCCCUCCUCGCUGCCAAAGAUGGGGACCUACAAACCUUGAAGAGCCUGGAUGCCAGUGGCACGCUGAACGACAGCAUCGAGGAUCACCUGGGGGCCACUCCGGUCCAUCACGCAGCCAGGGCCGGCAGGCUGGACUGUCUGAAAUUCCUCAUCACCCAGGCUAAGCUGCCGGCGAACAAAAGAGCCAAAAACGGAGCGACUCCCACUCACGAUGCGGCCGCCACCGGGAACCUAGCGGCGCUCCAGUGGUUGAGCCGCGUUGCUGGCUGUGACAUUCAUGACCGCGAUGACUAUGGUGCAUCUGUUCUACAUUUGGCAGCUCGGUUUAGCCGGCCAGAUACAGUGCAGUGGCUGCUGCUUGAGGGAUGUGACCCCAUGUUGGAGACGGACAAUGGGGCGGUGCCGGCUCACUAUGCGGCAGCAAAGGGCGACUUGACAUGUUUGAAACUCCUCAUGGCUCACACCCCGAGGGCCCUGGAUAAACAGACCCAGAAUGGUGCUACCCCUCUUUACCUGGCCUGUCAGGCAGGUCAUCUUCACAUAGUGGAAUUCCUGGUGAAGGACUGUACGGCCAACUUGAAUCUUCGCGCACACGAUGGUAUGACCGUUCUCCAUGCGGCAGCACAGAUGGGGCAUUGUGCUCUGGUGGUGUGGCUGAGGUCAUUCACAGACAUAGACGUGUCCGCACAGGACAAUGAGGGAGCAACUGCAAUGCACUUUGCUGCCAGCGGAGGGCAUGCUGAGACCUUGGACAAAUUAAUAAGGAUGGGGGUAAGGAUUCUGAAAGACCACUGGGGUGGAACCCCCCUCCACGAUGCUGCUGAGAAUGGCGAGCUGGAGUGUUGCCAGAUCCUCGUCAUGAAUCGUGUGGACCCCACCGUUCGAGAUGACGAUGGCUAUACUGCCGCAGAGCUGGCAGACUACAAUGGAAAUGUGGAGUGUGCCAAGUACUUGAGGCAUAUUGAGGAAAUGCCAUCACUGGAUGACAGUCUGGCUUCUGUGCAGAGGCAAGAAUCAUUUCGGAGAACAAAGAGCAUUGUGAGACAGCAGAGCAGCGGUGACUACUACAGAUCAAUCAACGAGGGUCGCAGGGAGUCACGUGACUUUCAGAAAGUGAUGGAGAAUGGCAAGAAUACGAUCCUGGUGAAACCUGCAUCUGCUCAAAUAUCUGCACAGCAGCAGCCACCUGGAGCCCCACCAUUGCCAUCCCCAAAACCCCUGGUGCUACCACCGGCCCCAGAGCUGCCAAGGCAGAGCAUUCAGAAUUUGAGUGGUGGGAAGCCCUUCAACAUGGUACAUUCCAUAGAGAACAACAACGCUGCCCUCAUAGCAGAGCUCAAAUCAGGAAAGUCAUUAAAAUCUGCAGGUUUUGGCACUGUGUUUGUUGGCACCGUAGCACAGACAAGCCAAGACCUGACGUCUGAAGAGGAGUCGAAAGAGAAUGGAUUAGUGCCACUCCCUGUUGAAGAGGUCUCCGCUACUGAUGUUGAUUUGCUGGUGCCCACACAUGAUGAGAGGGGAUAUCCCAUUCCGGAGUGGAAACGUCAAGUCAUGGUACGAAAACUGCAGGCACGACUCAAGGAUGAAGAAGAGCAACGGAGGAAGCACAACGGAAAUGGUUACCUGCAGACAGAGAUAUGGAGGUAUUCCCAGGAACACAAUGCCAUAUUGGGCCCAUUUGGAGAGCUUCUGACUGAGGAUGACCUCAUCUACCUGGAGAAGCAGAUCGAGACUGUCCAAGUGAUGAAGAAGUGCCAGGGGUACGAGGGGGAGCUGAACCAGUUGGCAGUACAGCUGCGAACCAUCCUCCCUGCUCCCAUUGUCAACCUAACCAUCAAUACUCAGCUACUGCCUCAGGAUGCAGGCAAGGAGGAACAUGUGCCUUUGCCUGUGUGGUGCAACAGGAUAUCCAGCAUUGUGAGGACUAUGUCACUCCUCCUGGCAAAUUUGAAUGAAAAGGGUUGUGUGGAGUACGAAAGCCAGGAAAUUACUAGAAUGCCAAAUAUGGAAUUGGCAGCUGUCUUCUCUCCAAGGCCCGACGAAAGGUUCAGAAGAAUGAGCUGGAACAAAGUGGAGAAUGAGAUUCAGCAGUUUGGUGUAUCUGUACGCACACUCAAAGCAAACUUUGAAAAGCAAUGUGUGAUGAAAGAAAAAGCAUUAACACCCUCCGACACACGGGGAAAUCAGAAAGAUUCUUACUCUAAGUCCUCUGAAUCUCAGCAGAGUGAGUUGAGUAAAGGUCGAUUGCCCAAUCCUGCAUGGUCAGGCAGCAGGGAGGACAGAAGCAACUCAGGAAUUGGUUCAAAGGAUGAUGCAGCAGAAGACAACACUGCGCAUUUGCUUGUGACGGAGUCGACUAGUCUGAGGAAAGAAAGAAUAGUUGUGUUAUUCCUGGGUCACUGGAAAAAGUCAACUUACACCAUGUCUUUAAGAAUGAAAGUCAGAGACCUGCAUAAAGUUGCCAGCACUGAAAACAGCAGCAAACCACCAAUAGAUGGAGAGAGGGCUGAAACUGGGGAGAAUGGUCAAAACCCAGAGUUGGAAACACCGCUGGAAUCCCAACCCAAGCAAUCCAUUCAAAAUGGAAAAUUUAGGCAUCUGUUCCUACAGCAAAGGAUCAUCACCAAACUCAUUAGCAACUGGAGAAAUAUCAUAUCCCAUGUUCCAUCCAGGCAGAUUAGACGAUUGAACCGGCAGAGGAUCACCUACUCACCGGAACAGUUUCUGCCCCGUGUCAAUGGUGUCCCUGUUGACCACAAUAGUCUGACCCUUGACCUUUUUAUGCUGGGAUACUUCCACAUUCUUGAACUUGACCUGCCCCCAGAUGAAAGGAAGAUGAGGCAUCUUCUGUGCUUCGAGGUGUUUGAUCACUUGGGGAAGUUCAGUUGGGACUUGGUCCGAGCGUUUCAUAAGGCUGUCAUUGAAGAGAUCAAUGCUGGCAAAAGGGAAUGGAAGGAUGGGUUUGAAGAUAUUAAGCAAAGAUUCUUCAGCAACCCUGAAAAUAUGGCAGCUACAAUGGACUUCCCCACGCAGCAUGUGACAGCUGUAAGACCAGUGCCCAAAGUCAUCGUGCAAAGUGCCACACCUGAAGAGGAUGAAAUGCCGAUAGGGCAAUGUUACUCCUCUGACCUCGGAGGUUUCAGUAAUGAUGAGAUUUGCAAGUACAUUGACAGAAGCUUUGCUUUCUGGAAGGACAAGGAAGCUGAAAUUUUUGAUUUUGAAGAUGACUGUCCAUUCUAA